UUCUCCUCCGCCUACGCCCCUCUCCCCUGUCCUCCUCCCGGGCUUAGCCGCGGCGCCAAAGCGGGUUGAAAAUGGCUAGCGGGGACCGGUACUACGAGAAGAUCACGUCGAUUCAGGAGAAGUUGCACAAAAUGGAGAAACGGAGGCUUGAGUUGGAGAGGGAGCUGUUUACUUACUGCAGAUCAGAUAAAAGAGUCUCACAGAUAAAGUGUUCCAAACUGCGCAGCUAUCUCAAGGAAAUCUGUGACAGGGAAGCACGAGCGAAAAUGAGAAACCUUGAGCUUCUGAGAGAUGUGGAGAGCAUAGAAAUUAGCAUGAAGAAAUAUAGUCCUGACCAUGGCCCUUUGCAACAACAAAAGGAUGAGUAUUUGAAAAAGAUUUCCAGAUUUAUGGAAACAAGGAAGAAAGUGGAACAGCAUCGUUUCACAGCCAAGGCUGAAGCUGUGCACAGACAGCAGCGGUACGGCUCCACCUCUCACACCGAGGAGGAUUUUACACAACCACCGGUGGGAAUUUUUAUGGACCACCAGACCUCCAAAGGGUCUGCUGCUGGAGCUGGCACCACAAGUGUACACUCAGACCAAGCAUUGCAUCGUUCACCCAAUCGCAGCCUGCACUCCCGCGAACGUCUACCAAGUGGCCUUUUGAAGGACUUCCGAGUUGGCGGAGAGGAUGCCGCCAGCAAGCGGGCGCAUUUAUCAGAUGACAUUUCAGGCUCAAACGAUUCCCCUGACGGCUGUAAUUUGAGUGACAAACAUGGCAGAGCGACGGGGCCGCUCCCGUCUGCUCCAGGUGCAGCCGGCAGCGUGGCUUCUGGGAGUGACGGUGAACGAGAACCUUCACCUCUGGUGACCUUGAAGGGGCCGGAGAGGAAUCCGCCCCCCGGCAGCGGCAGCCGCACGAGGGCUGAGACCUCCCCAGCAGGUCACACUGACUCCCGAGAGGUGGCUCAUGAGCCACACAUAAUGGAGGAUGAAGAGGGAGGUCUUGGCCAUGGAAGCGAAGCUCAAGAAAUCCCAGGAGGGUGUGAAAGUGACGCCACACCCAGCUCCGAUGCGCCGCUCUCAGACAGCAGUGCCAGUGACCUGACCAUCUCGCUGACACAGUCGGAGCCGGAGGACGACGCGCCGGAGGGUGUGGCGUCUGAGAGGAGCGCCACUGAUGGAGGGAGCCUCGAUCGCAAUCAGCGCAGUCCCGAAUCAGCCCUCCGCUCUGAUGAGUCCAGGAACACACCCCACUUAAACAGUGACUCCUCGGCACCAGCAGUGACCUUGGAAAGCCUUUCUCAGGAAGGACUCUUUAAUCUGCUAGACAGCAUCGAAGGACGAGUCCACAGUAAACAGACCGGUCUGUAUGAGGUUUCUUCAUUUGAUGGCAGACAACUCAAUAGACUCAUCAGCCUUUGUGACGGUGGAGCGGACUUGAAUGACGAGGACCUUGAAGCAUGUGGAGCAGUUGUCCUUCGUGGGCUUCAGAGGUUGUCAUGGAGCACAGAAAAGGGCUGCCUGCUACCACAGGAUCUAGUGAGCACUCACCAGUCCAGCACCGAGCCUAAUGAAAUAAGCACCAGCCUCCCUCCUAAUGCUGCUCGACUGUGGGAUCGCUGGUUCAAGCACGCCCUUGUGCUCAAGGAGCGCCGUGUCCUCAGCGCUGAGCGCCUGGUCCAACUGUUCACGCCGCUGCUAGUGGAGCGUCAUGCCACCUACAGCCACCAGGCCAAAGUGUUGCUGAGGACACUUCUGUCCCGGUCCAGUGAGGAGUGCCCCUCAGCGGAGGACGAGAGUGACUUAUCUUCAUUGUGUGGUCCUUCUUCCCUCCUGGCUGACGGCGGCGCGGAGCCCGCCAGGCCCGCGCACCGGCGGCAGAUCCAAGAACUACAAAGUACUGAAGAGGACAGCCAGGACGAAAGCCCUGUGGAAAGUGGUCCUAUUAGAGAGACGAAAGCAUAUCAGUUACUUAAACAAUCAGCCAUGCAGGCACGGCUGCAGAGUUCUGAAGAGGAGGACGAGGACGGCCUCUUAGGAAUAAAUCAUGGCCAUGAAGAGGACGUGGAGAGGGCCAAACGCUCCUCACAUCAAGACCCUUACCCCCGCAGAGAGAAGACGGAGUCAAAGGCUCAUUCUGCUCUGCAGUCAAAAGCUUUUUGGGGGGAAUCAGAUGACAGCAACUCAGAGAUCGAAGCAGCCUUACGCCCUCAACCCUUCAACGCAAACAGCGGUGACACCGGCGGCGCCAAGAUGAACGCGGCGCAUUAUAUCACUGCGAAAUUCCUGGCAGAUUAACUUGCGGCAGUUCACCUCCUGACCAUUGUUUUAGUAGUCUGCAUUGUAAAUCGCAUGCACAGUGUAUCGUAAAAACAAAUAAUAAAGUUGACAGCUCUCAGGCUGGAUAAAGUAUGUGAAGAGUUGUCCAACACGCCGAUGUUAACCCCGCUUCAGUCUCUUUAUCUGAACAACUCUCCCGGCUCAUAAUAACAGCUCGAAAUAGAUUAAACUGAUCUUUUAAAGCGAUUUGUUUGCACUAGGCUGAAAAUCAUGCAUUUUGAAUGCCGCAAGCAUCUCCAAGUGCUCUACCUCCGGCACGCUCGAGUGUAGUGAUGUGAGUCACCUGUGAAAUGACAAAGCACAAUGGCCACUCCGCUCGCUUCUGCGCGACCCGUGAACCUGCUGAAGAGGCCCAUCUCCCGGGGCACAAAGUGCUGCCGAGCUAACAAACUCCCAAUAUUCAGCGCCUCCCGGCAAACGCUCGGCUCCCGUUUUCACAGCUGCGUCUUUAAUGAUUGUGCUUACGGCUCCGAAAACGCACGGGCGUGUUUACAUUCCUGCGGACUACAUUGUGCAAAUGAGUAACUCGCAGCAGAAUUGUUGCCGAAGCUACACAAUGGGGUUUAAUGCCAUUUAUGAUUUCCCCUGCACUCUGGACAUUCUGUGUCUAUUAAUAACUCGGAGCGGCUGUGUGGGAGGCUGCAUUCCAAGGUUUACAUUUAUAGUUCAUUAUGUCUGUAGUGUAAAUUUCCAAAACUGCCGUUCUGAGAUGUGGUAAAAGCCCCUGGCAUUCAGUGUCAGCAGGAUUCCAUUAGUCAGCUUUAGGUGACUUUACAUGCCUGAACCUUUUAAAGUAGGACUCCACAUUCAUUACCAAUAAUGGCUUCAGACAGCCCUGACCCAGCACAGAAAAGGGACCGUGGCAGAAUAAUUUGGAGUUUGCUAAAAGGCUCCCUAACAUAAUAUCCAUGUUAAGGAGCAUGUCAACAGAUACUUGUGUGCGACAGAUAGCUCACAGUGGAAGUGGAGUUAUAUUGUACUAAUGUGUACUAACACAAUCGUCUUUUUUUCCUCGUAAAGAACUUCUGAGUCCACACCAGAGAGACGACGGUGGCGAUAUUCAGCUCAUUCUUUUUGUGAUCUCUGUGUGAUGAGAGGAAGCGUUAGGUUCUACCUCUCAGUUCAGAAUGGUUGCUUGUUACAUCAUCGACUGCUUUACCGCAUCGCUCAGUCACACUCAGGGAGACGAGACUCUUCUCCUGGAGUGGUCGGUUCUGUGAAGGUAAUUCAUGUUUAUGAUGACUUCUUUUGAUGAACGACGUCGUCUCAAGAAUGCAAAAGGAUGGGAAUAUAUUUAUUUUUAUAAUGGAUGUAAAAGACCAGUUAUCAGUCUGUGGAUUAAGGUAAAUUAAGAAAAAAACCUAACUACUUUGAAAGCAUUCAACAUUUGUAUUUUAACUAUUUGAUGAAAGCCUCGACUCCUGUAAGAGAGAGAGCACAGAGGCUAACAUGGCUAAAUUAAGCACUGAAUGAAAUGGGUUUGGAAAAAGUCAUAAAUCAGUUCAGAGUGAAAGGUACUUUAGUUUUUUUUCUAAAUAUUGUCCUUUUGGCCAGUAUUUAGAAAGAUAAUCAUGUGUUCAGUUGAGCUACCUCAUCACUGGCAAAUUAUUGAAGUGAAUUACUGUGAGUUAAAUGUGUCAUUAAUCAAUUAAAAUAUCAUAUUGGAACUCCAUUAUAGCUUAUAUUCAGAAAACCGGUUGGGUAACCUGAUUUUGAUUUCCAUGACAGUCGACACGGCUUUGAAAUACUUGAAUGAUACUCAAAGUUUACUCAAUGAUGCCUUGUAAUUGUAAUAUAUUUGUUGUCUCUCUCCUUUCUGUGGACAGAAUUUAUUGUUACUUGUUUUAACUCAUGAUUCUCAGUGACAGUGAAAGGAUCACAUCAACUGAUGGUGACUUAACAGUAAUGCAUUCAUGCUUCCUGCUUCUCAAGAAUUCAAGAAAAACACGUUUUCUUUCCCUUUAAGAAAAUGGUUGAAUUUUUUUACUCUGAGCUAUUGUAAAACUAGUGAAUUCAUGUGAUUUCACUCCCUCCAGCACGGCCUGCUCUGUUGUAUAAGAACGUGCCAUUAUGUAACUUGGAGUGUUUACAUUUAGUUUGAAAUAAAGUGACUUUUAGAUGC